CAAAAAACGAGUCUCAUUCUAGAGCAUAGCCUAGUGGUGGAACAUUACGUUAGAGUUUUUUUCGUUGAGGUUUUUAUUAUAGGAGGACGAAAACUUGUAACACAUUGCGGAAAAAGUGUUCAUUGACAACAGGUGCAUCUUUGAAUCGACCCUUAAACUGUGUGGGAGCAUCGUUUAACAGCAAUUUCUUACUAAACGAUGGAUAAAGAGCUAGGGUUACAUUUAAUUACGAUUAAAGAAUGGCUUUCGACACAACGACACCUUCCUCCAAUAAGUGAUCAAGAAAUUAAAACGUUUCUUCACUCAAACUAUUACGAUCUGGAGAAAACCAAAGUAACAAUUGAAAACUAUUACACGUUUCGAACAAAUUGCAAGGACUUUUUCAGCAACCUGGACCUGAACUCUGAGGAACUGCAAAGAAUGAUGACCGUGGUAGAUAUGGGCAUUCUGCCUCAAACAACACCUGAGGGUUACAAAAUUAUCGUUGUUCGUUUGGCGGACACCGAUGCCAGUAAAUUUUCACAAAUCAGCUACAGUAAAUUUGCUGCAAUAGCUUUGGAAGAGUGGCUUAAAGAGGAUGGCUUAGCUGAAGGUCACGUGAUCAUUUAUGACUUUACCGGUUGCCACCUGGGUCACAUCGCGAAGCUGGGUAUCUUCCCCACGAAGAAUUAUUUGUACUAUAUUCAGGAGGCGCUACCGAUUCGCAUGAAAGGGAUGCACUUUGCAAACAUUCCAUCGUUUGUGGACAAAAUUUUGCUCCUUAUGAAACCCUUCAUGAAGCGUGAACUGUACGAUGUGUUGCAUUUGCACAGUACAAACGAAGCAUUGCAAAAAUUUGUACCGCCAAAUUGUCUCCCGAGCGAGUACGGAGGCACUGCUGGUCCAUUUAAGCCGUUUAGAGAUGAGUUUUACGGGAAAUUACUUGCAAAUCGUGAAGCAAUUCUGCGAGGAGAGACGGAGAAACAAGUGGUGGAAAGUGAGCGAGCAUCACGUGGGAACGGAUGGUUCAGCAUGUUUCGCAGAUAACAGGUUGAGAUCCGAUGUGCAAGUGUUGAUCGAGUGGCUCCAAACGCAGCCCCAUCUACCGGAGAUAUCAGAAUACGAACUAAUCUUGUUUUUACAUUCGAAUUAUUAUGAAAUGGAGGCAACGAAAAAAACUAUCGAAGCAUA